UCAGAAGAGCAAGGGGGAACUCUGAAGGAUAUAAGGAACCACCACUCACCCUGCUGUCUGUUACUUCACCCACUGCUGGAGCCACUAGGGAACAUGGAGAAGUCAGUGCUGAAGAUGCUCGGCACCUUGAUGUGUGCUCUGUCCGCCUGCGCUGUCGUGGUUCCGGUUCAAGACUUUGACCUGCAGAAGAUAGCAGGCAAGUGGUACAUUGCUGGAAUGGCUUCCAACGCUGAUUGGUUUGUGACCCAUAAAGCAGACAUGAAGAUGGGAACUGCUGUGUUAGUGGCCACAGCUGAAGGAGACCUGGAUUUCUCCUACGCUUCGCUGAAAUCCGAUGGCACCUGCUGGAGACAGCACAACCUGGCCAACAAAACUGAGACUCCCGGACGGUUCACCUUUACGAGCCCAGUUUGGAACAACGAGAACGACAUGCGCUUUGUUGAUGUCCAGUCUGAUGACUAUGCCGUUGUCUACACUAUCAAGACAAAGGCUGGAGUGUCUGAUGUCCUGACCGAGCUUUACAGAAAGAGCCCAGAAGUGAGUGAAGAGCUGCAGCAGAAGUUCAAACAGUUUUCUCAGGACAACGGCGUGCUGUCUGAAAACAUUGUGAUUUUGCCCAAAAAUGAUGAAUGCCCCGAGGCCUGAAGAAGGCAUCUUCCAGUUUCCAUCAUAAAAGUCUCAGUUCCACUUUUCUCUGCGUUGGAUGUCAUUUCUGAGGAACUUCAGCAAAUAACGUGACACUUGAAGUUUUUGCCAGUUCCUGUAGUGAAACAAAGAUCAUUAAAAGCACAAGACAAUAAAAAUCUAAACAUGACUGUUAACCAUGACAUAUAAUUUUGUGAAUGCAUUUCAUUGCUUUCUGUCAAUCUUCCUUUAAUAAAAUGACAUUUACAAAUAA